AUGGCGACGUCAAAGAAACAGGCUGUGAUAUGCCCUGAUGAGAUCUAUCGACUGAUCAACGAUGGCCAUGCAAUUGUCAUCCUCGAUAGAAAAGUCUUGAAAUUAGACUUAUGGCUGCAGUAUCAUCCAGGAGGCGACAAAUGUAUCUUACACAUGGUUGGUAGAGAUGCAAGCGAUGAGAUUGUUGCAUUCCAUCCUGAAGAUGUAAGGACGCAAAUGCUGCGUUAUCAAAUCGGCGUUCUCGCAAACAGAUGGGAUAAUGUUCUUCCACCGAUCCAGAGAGGACCAGCUGGGGAGACCAUAGAGAUAGACGUCGAUGAUGGAACCGAUUCAGAGACUCUGAGCAGCGCUAGCUCUGACGUAUUUGACGACGACCGCCUAGGUUCAAAUCUAACUCGGCGCCGAGUGCGAAACGGCUCCAUCUCUUCCCGUUCGUCAGUCUCUGAUACAGGAUCUACUUCUCCUAAGAAGACUGAUAUCAAGAAUGACGCGAAGUUGCCUGAACUUCCCAAACUAACCUCAGAAUCAAUCGACUCGAACCCACCCAUGGACCAAGAAAAGCUUGACGAAAUAGCUGUUUCAUUCCGCAACCUCAUCGCUAAACUAGAUGACCAAGGUCUCUACAAUUGCAAUUACUGGGCUUAUCUCGGCGACGUUGCCAGAAUCACGACCAUAUUUGCCAUCAUGGUCUUCUUCCUCCACAAUGGAUGGUAUGUCACCUCCUCAGUCUUUCUUGGUGCUUUCUGGCACCAACUUGUCUUCAUUGCCCACGAUGCAGGCCAUAAAGGCAUCACGCACAAUUACCACAUCGACACUCUUAUCGGCAUGACAGUGGGAAAUCACCUUGGUGGCCUAUCCAUGGGCUGGUGGAAACGCUCCCACAACAUCCACCACGUCAUCACCAACGACCCUGCUCACGAUGAGGGUAUUCAACAUCUCCCAUUCAUGGCUAUCUCAACCGAGUUCUUCAAAUCGCUGUACUCGACCUACCACGACCGAGUCAUGGCCUUCAACGCGUUCGCCCAAACCGCUGUCACGUAUCAGAAAUACCUGUACUAUCCCCUACUAUGCUUCGGGCGCUUCAAUCUCUACGUUCUGUCCCUAGAGUUUAUCCUCAGAGACAAAGGCCCGAGAUCAAACAGAUGGCACCGAUUUUACGAGCUCUGUGGACAAAUAUUCUUCUGGUUCUGGUUCGGCUACCUCAUCAUGUGGUGCAGCAUCCCAACCUGGACCCAACGCUUUCUCUUCCUCAUGAUCUCACACAUGGUAACGAUGCCUUUGCACGUCCAAUUCACCCUUUCACACUUCGCCAUGUCUACCAUCACGCCCGGCCGUAACGAACCCUGGGCCAUGCAGCAGCUACGCACAACUAUGGAUGUCGAUUGCCCGACUUGGUUGGACUGGAUGCACGGGGGUUUGCAGUUCCAGGCUGUCCAUCACUUGUUCCCGACGAUGCCGAGACAUAAUCUUAGGAAGGCAAGUGAAGAGGUCAAGGUUUGGUCUAAGGAGACAGGAGUCAAAUAUGAAGUCUAUGGCUUCGUGGAGUGUAACAGCCGGGUACUGGGGAGAUUAGAGGAGGUCGGACGACAGGCGAGAUUUCUGCGGGAGUGUCAGGAACAGGUACUUGCCGAAGGGGCUUUCUUAAGAGGAGACUGGGAAUGA